UUGAAGCAGUCAGGAAAACUCGCUGUUACUGAAAUACUAGUAGCUUUGUUGCUUAUUUAAGUGUUUGAUUUUAACGUAUGCGACAUUUAACACUAUUUUACAAUCACUGAGCUGGAAAUAUUCCUCAUUUGUACAAAAAGUGGUUUGUGUGAAAUAUGACAUUAAAACUAUCUGAAAUACGUGAUUUGAAAUACUAAUAUGUGAUUUGAAAUACGAGAUGUGAAAUACUUGGUGAUGAAGAUGGAUAUAUGAAUGAAUGAUACAAGUAGUUGAUAUUACCACUUUACUGGCGGAAGUAAACAAGUGUAUUUACUAAAAGUUAUUAAACGCUAUUCAUGAAGUAUUUGCCUGAGGAUAGAUGCAAACAUUGUUUGAAGUGUAUAUAUUGAAGUAAAAAACAACAUAUUUUUAGGGGAGGAGGGUGAGGGGAGGGGGGAUCCCUAGAAACAUAUGCAUGGAACGAUGUGCGGUACUCGUUGUGUUUGCUUUAUUUACUUCACAGGUAUUAUACCAUUUAUGUGUCAACGAUAUGAUGUGUUAGCAACUUGGCAACGCUCACUUAAUAAAAUCAGUUUAAUUUCAUAUACAGAAGUGAUACUGUUGCACACAAGUAUCAAAUUACGCAAUUGAUAAGAAAAACAACAACGAGGAAGCGGUACCUGCGAAACUUGACUCAUUUUUGGACUAAAUACAGUCGAACUCCGUUGGCUCGAACUCACUUGGCUCGAUUUUUCCGUUGGCUCGAACUAUAUAUAAAGGACCGUUUUCUAUAGCUGAAGAAUGUCGCUCGUGCGCAGCUGAAGAUGUCCAAUACAUUCAAUACUAUAUACCGUGAACAUGUAGGUUUUUCCGAUCGAUGCUGAUGAGGUUUCACGGAGUAUUGAUAAACAACAUUACUGUGAAGAAAACAAGUUACAUUAUGCAUCAUUGUGUGUGUGUUGGUGAUAGUUGAAUUGGAUAAUGCAGUUCUGUAUUAUUCUCAGGAUAGCAAGAGCGACAGGAUGCAAAACUUGAAACAGCGAUGAAAAUGGAUGCUAUACAGAUAACACUACGUUGAAAUGAGGACUAUUUGUAAACAUACUUGCAGAAAUAUAUUGAUUCUUGUUAUAGCCACGCUUCUUUUGGGCGUCUUUAUCAUUAACCAAGUGUUCAAUAUGACUGGAUAUCGAUAUUGGCCAACGCCGCUCGAUCUCAUAACUUUUCCAAAACACAAAGGGCUUAACGACCUGAAUGGAGACGUUCACUCAAGCUUGGAUCACAAGAGAACCCUGGUCGAUAUACAGGAGGGAAUGGUUGCCGAGCAACGAAGCAAGGUGAACACAAGUUCUGGAAAAUCUCAAUCUAUAUUGUGGUAUAAGAAACCUAACUGGGUAUCUUUGAGCUUCGCAAACAAUGCUCUGAAGACGGUAUGCGUGUACAGCAACUGUCUGAUGACGGAUGCGGUCGGAGAUCUCCGAAGCCAUUCGGCAAUAGUGUUCACGAUGACGCAACGGAACGACUACUCGCCACCAAUAAUGCACUCCGAGCGCAGAACCGACCAGGCGUGGAUAUUUUUCGGCCUGGAAUCCCCAAUCAACCACAAGCACUUGGGCCACCGGCACUCCAGUUGGUACAGAACUAUGAAUUGGUCCAUGUCAUACAGGACGGACGCAGACAUAGUUUACCCAUACGGCAUGCUGGUUACUAAGGCCGGGCCUCCAGUCCAGGUAAAGCCGUCUGUGUACAAGCAGAAACGGAAAUGGGCGGCGUGGAUUGUAAGCAACUGCGGGGCAGACAGCUGGAGGGACGAGUUUGUGCACGAGAUGCGCGCUUCCGGUCUUCAGAUCGACGUGUUCGGUAGGUGCUCCGGAAGUGAAUUCACCAACAUCAAUACCCUGCGAGCGUCCAUUGAGAAAGAUUACAAGUUCUAUCUAAGUUUUGAAAACAGUCUUUGCACCGACUACAUAACCGAGAAGUUCUUCCGCUAUUACAAUUGGGAAAUAGUCCUCGUGACUCGCGGAGGUGCGAACUAUUCCGAAUUAUUACCACGUGACACUUUUAUAGACUCCGCACAUUAUCCUUCCGCCAAAGAACUAGUCCAGUAUUUAUUACAAGUAGGCGAUUCUGAAUCAAAAUAUCUAUCGUAUCUUAAUAAUAAAAACAAAUAUGCGUCAACCGAGCUUGUGCCCUCAAGUUUUUGUAGUAUAUGUGAAAAGGUGAAUAACUUGAAGAAAAACCGGAAAACAUAUACUGACCACGUGUCUUAUGUGCAUAACGUGUCAAAGUGUUGGGGUCCUAGUGAUAUCAAACAAUUGCAUUGGCGUAAGCUACAUGUUGUUUAUGGUUGUAUAGGAAUUAUUAUUUUUUUGUUCUGUUUAUUGGUGAAAUGUUUGCGGAGACGAAGAUAAUAAUAAUGACGUUAUAUGCGCAAUAGUUUAAUUCAUCAGAUAUGAUUACUAGUAUAAUAAACUUAUGAAAAUCGAAGAUUGUUAAACAAAAAGUAACGAUGUGUUAACCGAAAAGGCUCCGUGGUAUGGCUAAUUAAAUUGAAUUGCUUUUUCGAUGGCAAAAAUUCAAGCGCUUCAGUUUGAAUGGAUUUAGGUGCCUUUGUCAAGA